AUGCCUGGCCACUCCACCGCCGCCACUUGUCGCCGCCAGCCACCCAGCGCCGCCGCCACUUCAUCCGCGCCGCCACCCGCAGCAAACCGCAGGGCGCCACGCGUCCUCCCGCGACCCCGCAGCCCUCUCCUCCACCGCCGGCCCGCCCAGGCCCUCAGUGGGCCCGUCGAAGCCCGUCAGGGCCCGAACCCCGCGCUUCGCCGCCCGAACCCCAGCGCCUCCCGCUACGGGCGCUCGAGCGCCUCUCCGCCGCCUCGCUGCCCAGCCGUGCCGGCGUUCCCCAUCGUCGGCCGGAGCCCCGUCGGAUCCCAGGUCACCGUCCCCCCGCCGUCUCCUCUUUCCUCCCCGUCGCACCCUCUCCCUCUCACCCGCGGCCAUGCCGCCGCCGUUUUCUCGCAGGAACCGCGGCGGGAGCCCCUCGUCACCGGGAACCGCGUCCCCGACGGCCGCUGUUCGCCGGAUCCGGCGUCCCCACCCCGGCUCUACAUCCGCCGCCGCCUCCCGCACCGAUCCCCGGCCCCCCUUCGGCCCCGCCUCGUCCCGCGCUCGCCGUAG